GAUUGGAAAUGGUAUGAUGCAAAGAUGAAAGAAGGGGAUAAUGUUACUAUUCAUCUGAAUAUAAGCACAGUUAAUAAAAGGAGAAAAAGCAAAUGCUCAUUUUCUAUUAAUGGGUCUAAAAAGCCUGUGGUUUCCGCACGAGGAUGGGAUGAUAUUCCUUUUCAAGUUUAUCCUAGUAAAUUGCGUAUAGAACCUGUAUCACAGUAUGAAUAA